CCCGGAGGGGCGGGCAGGGAUUCGUCUCACACGCCUUUCGGCCGCGGGGGCGCCCGAACUCCCUUCCGCUUCCGACGCGCUGUCCGCCAGCCGGUGGAUGUGCGGUAACAACAUGUCGGCCCCGCUGCCCGUCGUCGUGCCCGCUGCCCGGAAGGCCACCGCCGCGGUUAUUUUCCUUCACGGAUUGGGAGAUACUGGGCACGGAUGGGCAGAAGCCUUUGCAGGUAUCAGAAGUUCCCACAUCAAAUACAUCUGUCCACAUGCACCCAUCAAGCCUGUUACAUUAAAUAUGAAUAUGGAAAUGCCUUCCUGGUUUGAUAUUAUUGGACUUUCACCAGAUUCUCAGGAGGAUGAAUCUGGAAUUAAACAGGCAGCAGAAAAUGUAAAAGCUUUGAUAGAGCAAGAGGUGAAGAAUGGCAUUCCCUCUAACAGAAUUAUUUUGGGAGGAUUUUCUCAGGGAGGCGCUUUAUCUUUGUAUACUGCUCUUACUACACAGCAGAAACUGGCCGGCGUCACUGCGCUCAGUUGCUGGCUUCCACUUCGGGCUUCAUUUCCACAGGGUCCUAUCAAUAGUGCUAAUAGAGACAUUUCUAUUCUACAGUGCCAUGGAGAUUGUGACCCUUUAGUUCCCCUAAUGUUUGGUUCUCUUACUGUUGAGAAACUAAAAGCAUUAGUAAAUCCAUCCAAUGUAACCUUCAAAAUUUAUGAAGGCAUGAUGCAUAGCUCAUGUCAGCAGGAAAUGAUGGAUGUCAAGCAGUUCAUUGAUAAACUCCUACCUCCAGUUGAUUGACGUCACUAUGAGGCCUUGUGUAGACGCUCACCAGCAGCACUGUAGUAGAGUAUGAACCCUUCCCUUGCCUGAUCGUAAAGCUUCUAAUGUUUGCAGUAUUAAAAUGUUUUUCAAAUAUAUACCAAUGGUACAGACUAAAUGAUGUCUCCCUCAUGGGAAAUGAUCCUUUUAAGUUUCUAUACAUACAUCUGUUUUAUACAAUCCAGAAUAUACUGGGAUUAAAGUAGAUGAAGAGAUACAGCUAGCUUCUUUUUCUCAAAUUAAUUCAGCAAAAUAAAAUACCACGACCAGAGUUUUAUUACGUCAUUUGAAAAAGUCUGCUGAGGUCUAACAAGCUGCUGAGAUAUCUGUGUGUGACUUGUUAUGCUGUGAGUGACUAUGGCUCCACUCCACACUGUUUAGUCGCCAUGCAGGAUCUGUAUUUUAUAGGUGUAGUCACGUAUAUGUGACUGGAACACACAAGAAUUAGAUGGUAUUACAUUCUCCCUGAUACCAGGGACAAUGCUAGCAAGUGUCAGAAAAGUAAUACUGCUCUUCUCAAUUAAUGGCUUUUUUAUUGGGGAACCAGGCUGUUCUUUUCCUUCUACUUAAUUUUUCUCCUCUCAAGAAACAAAAAAGUUUUUGUUCCUUGAUUUUUUUAUAGAAGACUAAUAUUGCCUCUGCUAUAAAAACCUGUCGAUAUAUACUAUAAUCUGACACUCUGAAUCACAGACAUACAGUAUUUCAAAUCUAAGUAAUUUGAAAAAAAAAUCAAACAUUACUUAGACUUACAUACUCAAAUAACUGCACCUUAGUCCAUCUUUAGACUGUAGAGUUGCCAGAAUCUUCAGUCCUAAUAAUUUUGUGGUUUUAUCUUUCUGUAAAAAACUUAAAGGGUAAAUAAUAUAUUGGCAUGUUCAGAAAUAAAUAUUUAA